AUGGCCGUGGUCGUGGCCGCGGGCGGCGGGGACGCCGCGCCCGCGCACCGGAAGCUGGGCGGGUACCUGCGCGUGGUGGUCUCGGUCCCGUCCUCCGACGCCCAAUCCAUCCGCCCGCUCGCCCCCUGCUCGCUCUCCGCAUGCGGGGCCGCGCCGCUCGCGCCGCUCCCCGAGGACGCGGCGGGCGGGCGCCCGGGCCUCGCCCCGCGGGGCUCGGUCAGGUGGCGGGCCACCGGCGGCGGCGGCACCAGCGUCGUGCGCCAGCUCAGGGCGCUCGUCGCCGCGCGCUGCGUCGAGGUGGAGGGCAGGGUGCUCCGGGUCGUCGCCAGGGGGGAGGAGGAGGCGGAGGAGGUCAGGGUUGUGGUGCUCGUCGACGUGUACCUCCCCGUCGCCGCCUGGUCCGGGUGGAAGUUCCCGCGCUCGCGCUCCUCUGCCGCCGCCGCCGUGUUCAAGCACCUCAGUUGCAACUGGGAUGCUAGGAAUGCUUUAGUUGCUUUUGACUGGACUUCUCAUGACAAUCCACAUCCUGAUGACCAGUAUAUUUGGAGCUGCACUGACUGUCAUGUCCUUGGCUGCGAGCUUCAUCAGAUAUCAUCUGUAUCGAAUAAUGACAAGCCAUUUGACCUGCAUGAAAUCUUCAAAGUUCUCCCCAGUGUUAGGGUGGAGAAGGGGAUGCAGAUAACAACAAUAAUACCAGAUGUUAUAUCGGAUGAAAUAGGUAUCUGGUCUAUUCCUGAUGAUAUAUUGAAUAAGGUGCUGAUUCGCCUUAAACCCGGGGAUUUGAUAAGAGCGGCAGCUACUUGUCAUCACAUAAGGACUCUUGCUGCCUCUAUUAUGCCUUGCAUGAAGCUUAAGCUUUUUCCUCAUCAAGAGGCGGCUGUCGAAUGGAUGUUGAGGCGAGAGCAAAACCCUGAGCCCUUAGCGCAUCCUCUCUGCAAGAAUUUCUGCACUGAGGAUGGCUUUCCUUUCUUCAUAAAUGUUUCCUCUGGUGAAAUAUUCACUGGGAUUGCUCCAACCAUAAACGAUUUCUGUGGAGGUAUGUUCUGUGACGAACCUGGAUUAGGGAAGACAGUGACUGCAUUGUCUCUUAUUCUCAAAACGCAUGGAACGUUAGCGGAACCUCCAAGAGGGGUGGAUAUAAAGUGGUGCACUCAUAAACCAGAUAAAAAGUAUGGAUACUAUGAAUUCAACACCAGCAACUGUUCAAACAAUUUGUCUGAAUCAAAAAGGCUCAUGGGGAAGAACGUUGUUAAAGAAGAUCCAUGUUCAAGUGAGCUAUCUCAUAAUGGUGACUCUGUUCCCAGUACAAGAUCAUCAAGGAAGAGAGGCAGGUUAGUAGACCCUGGUCUAUCGCCGGUCAACAUGCAUGUUUCAAGUGAGAAGUCGCCAGAAUCAUGCAAUCCACAUCCAACGCCAGCUACUCAAGUACUAAAGGUCACCAAAAACUUGAAAAGUGUCAGGAAAAACCUCAUGGAUGCUUACAGCAAAGAUUCAGUUGGCAGUAAAAGGAAGAGAGGCACCGCGUCCGAGUUAAGUGAGACAUGGGUUCAGUGUGAUGCUUGCAGAAAGUGGCGGAGGUUAUCAGAUGGAACUGUUCUCGAUUCUACUACGGCUUGGUUUUGCAGUAUGAAUGCCGAUGCUGCACGGAAGACAUGCACUGCUUCAGAGGAAUCCUGGGAUUUCAAGACAAAGAUAACCUAUUUGCCAGGAUUUUACAAGAAAGAUGCGUUGCCGGGAAAUGAGCAGAAUGUAUCAUUUUUCGCAAACAUAUUGAAAGAUAAUAUUUCUUUGAUCAACUCUGAAACCAAGAAGGCUUUAUUGUGGUUGGCACAGCUUCCUCUCAGGAAACAUCUCGAGAUGGAAUCAGUUGGUUUGACACGUCCAGUUCUAGAUGCACGGGCAACCACAGGCAAGGGUGCCCGCCCAUAUUUCAAGUUAUUUCAAGCAUUCGGCCUUGUGAGGAAGAUUGAGCAAGGUGUGACUCGGUGGUAUUAUCCAUCUAUGCUUGAUGAUUUGGCCUUCGACUCGGCCGCGCUUGGAAUUGCUCUUGAAAAACCGCUGGAUUUAGUGAGGUUAUAUUUAUCUAGGGCGACCUUGAUAGUUGUGCCUGCUAAUUUGAUUGAUCACUGGACAACACAAAUACAACGUCAUGUUUCUUCAGAUACACUUAAUGUUUAUGCAUGGGGAGAUCACAAGAGGCCGCCUGCUCACAUCCUUGCUUGGGACUAUGACAUUGUCAUAACCACAUUUAGCAGAUUAAGCGCAGAAUGGGGACCAAGUAAGAAAAGUGUUUUAAAGCAGAUCCAUUGGUUUAGGGUAAUAUUAGAUGAAGGACACACUUUAGGUUCCAGUCUUGCCCUGACAAACAAAUUGCAGAUGGCCGUUUCUUUGGUUGCUUCAAACAGGUGGAUUUUAACUGGUACACCUACACCGAACACACCAACUAGUCAGGUUGCUCAUCUUCACCCCAUGCUCAAGUUUCUUCAUGAAGAAGCUUAUGGUGAAAACUACCACUCAUGGGAGUCUGGAAUUCAUAGGCCCUUUGAGGCACAAAUGGAAGAGGGGCGCAUUCGUCUUGUAGAGCUACUUCGGAGGUCCAUGAUUAGUGCAAGAAAAGCAGAUCUCAAAAACAUCCCUCCUUGCAUAAAAAGAAUAACAUUUGUAGACUUCAGUGAAGGGCAUGCGAAAAGUUACAAUGAACUGGUCGUUACUAUUCGCCGGAAUAUACUGAUGGCUGAUUGGAAUGACCCUUCCCAUGUUGAAUCACUUCUGAAUCCCAAGCAGUGGAAAUUUCGUACUACUACUAUAAGAAAUGUCCGGUUGUCUUGCUGUGUUGCUGGGCAUAUUAAAGUAGCAGAGGCUGGUCAUGAUAUACAAGAAACUAUGGAUGAGUUGAUGCAGGGGGGUCUUGAUCCUUCUUCAGAGGAAUAUCAAUCCAUAAGAUUUGCUCUUUUAAAUGGCACCGAUUGUAUCAGGUGUCGAGAUUGGUGCCGGUUACCUGUUAUAACACCUUGUCGGCAUCUGCUGUGCCAUGAUUGUGUAGCUUUGGAUAGUGAGAAAUGCAUAGAAUGUGGGAACAACUACGAGAUGCAGUCUCCCGAAACUCGUGCACGUCCAGAAAAUCCGAACCCAAAAUGGCCAGUCCCAAAGGAUCUAAUUGAACUGCAGCCUUCAUAUAAGCAGGAUGACUGGGAUCCAGAUUGGCAGUCAACGACUAGCAGCAAAGUUGCUUACUUGAUUGACAAGUUGAGAAGUUUGCGAGAAGCUAACAUGAAACAUGUGCACUCGACUAACAUAACCAUUGGUGCUGGUCCUGCUACUACAUCGUCUUAUCAAGAUGAUGAUAACCUGCAGACCAGGUUACCACAGACAUUGCCUGACAAAGUAAUUAUAUUCUCUCAGUUUCUGGAGCAUAUUCAUGUUAUUGAGCAGCAGCUGACUAUUGCUGGAAUAACAUAUGCUGGAAUGUACAGUCCCAUGCCUUUAGGCACUAAGAGAAGUGCAUUGACGAAGUUUAAAGAGGAUCCAACAUGCAUGGCUUUACUGAUGGAUGGCACUGCAGCACUGGGCCUUGAUUUGAGUUUUGUGAAUCAUGUUUUUCUGAUGGAACCCAUAUGGGAUAGGAGUAUGGAGGAGCAAGUUAUUAGUCGCGCACAUAGAAUGGGUGCAACCCGUCCAAUAAAUGUUGAGACCCUGGCUAUGCGCGGUACCAUCGAGGAGCAAAUGCUCCAACUUCUGCAGGACUCUAGCGCUUGCAGAAAUAUGGUUAAUAAAGGUGCAGGCGGCACCGAGAAUGAAGGGGCUCGUCCUCACCGUAGCCUACACGAUUUCGCCGAAAGUAGUUAUCUGGCGAAACUCACCUUUGUGAAAGGAUCUAACACAGCAUGCAUGGAUGCUAGUAUAAAUUGA